CGGGGCGGCGCGGUGACUUCUCCGGUCUGCGUCAAACCAGCUGGGGAGAGACACCCAGACCGGAAUGGAAGGGAUGCAGUGAUGCAAUUGGUUGCAAGACAAAGACGGACGACUGGACAAUGUACACGUAAGACUUUUAUGAGAAGGUGGGCAGAGUGAUGAACUCAGACCAGGAAAGGCCGUACGUGUGCAACGCUCCUGGUUGUUCUCAGCGGUUCCCCACGGAGGACCAUCUGAUGAUACAUAGACACAAACAUGAGAUGACCCUUAAGUUCCCCUCCAUAAAGAACGACAACAUGUUAUCAGACCAGACGCCCACGCCAACACGCUUCUUGAAGAACUGUGAGGAGGUGGGAUUGUUCAGUGAGCUGGACUGCUCCAUUGAGCAGGAGUUUUGCAAGGCACAGGAAGAAGAGGACAGUAAACAGACCAUCUCGCUGCAUGGUCAGUCAGGCCAGCACCAGCAGUCCCACUCGCGGAUGGGCAACCAUGACACCAGCAUCGUGAUCCAGCAGGCCCUGCCCUCCCCUCAGUCCAGCUCCGUCAUCACUCAGGCUCCAUCCACCAACAGACAGAUAGGGCCUGUCCCUGGCUCUCUGUCCUCAUUGCUGCACCUACGAAACAGACAGAGACAGCCUCUGCCUGCCUCUAUGCCGGGAACUCUGCCAGACCCCACCAUGCCGGGCUCCUCCGCCGUGCUGAUGCCUAUGGAGGGACAAAUGUCUAUGGGCUCCAAUAUGAUGGGUAUGCAAGGACCCACCCACAACAACUCCUGCUCUUCCGCUCACAUUCCCUCCAUGCACUCAGAAGCCAAACUGAGACUGAAGGCUGCACUUUCACACCACCCGGGUCCCAUCGCCAACGGCAACAUGAACUCCAUGGGUCACAUGAUGGAGAUGAUGUCCUCGCGGCAGGAGCAAAACGCCCACCAUCACAUGCAGUCACACCCACACCAGCACCUGCAAGCCCCUCCCCACGCGUACCAGCACCACGGACACCACCACCACAGCCAGGGCCACGGACAGGGUGGACACCAACACCAACAGGGACACAACCCCCAUCACAACUCCCACAAUCCCCAUCUUCAUCCCGGGCACCCACACCAGACCUCACCGCACAAUCCGAUGCACUCUGCUUCACAUAUGUCACCUGCCACCCAGCAGAUGCAUCCCUCGCAGACAAUGCAUUCUCCGCCACAAAGCGGCGGGCGGCGCAGGCGGGUAGUGGACGAGGACCCAGACGAACGUCGGCGGAAGUUUCUGGAGCGGAACAGAGCAGCAGCAACAAGAUGCAGACAGAAGAGAAAAGUGUGGGUGGUUUCAUUAGAGAAGAAAGCAGAAGAACUCACACAGACCAACAUGCAGCUUCAGAAUGAAGUGACCAUGCUAAAGAACGAGGUGACCCAACUCAAGCAGCUUCUCCUCACACACAAGGACUGUCCCAUCACCACUAUGCAGAAAGAUUCCCAAGGUUACCUCAGUCCAGACAGCAGUCCGGGGGGGAGUCCAGCUCCAGCGUGCUCCCAGCAGCAGGUCAUCCAGCACAACACCAUCACCACCUCCACCAUAACUGUAGGGGGCAGCAGUGUGCACGGGCAAACAAAUCACCGCACAGACAUUAACCCCAUCCACUAGGGUCAAGACAGACUAUAAACCCGGCCCAAACUCCCCCUACUCCCCUGCUUUCUGAGGGGGACCAGCUGCAAAUGCUGAACCCCCCAUCUCCCUCCAUCAAGAAAAACCUCAAAGGCCUGUGAGGCUGUUCUUUAUACAGUAGCUGCAGUAUGUAUUUUUAUAGACCCACCCUAUUAACGCAUAAAUGUUUGUUGCUUCUUUUUUUUACUCUCUUUUUUUUGUGCUUUUAGCAAAAAGGAUGUUUUGCUAAUCCCAUGCAGUGUUUGACUUCUCUGUUGUGUAAUGGUACAAAAUGGACCACGGUGGUAAUGUAACCAGAGGACAGAGACAUAGGCCUCAGAAUGUCCUCUCUAUUAGCGGACCGGAUCUCUGUAAGCCUGAUGGACUGAAAGAUAAGUUAAAUCAUUCUCUGAAUAUCAGUCAUGUACAGUAUGUUAAAAGUAUGCAACAGACUCUAAGUGAGUGGGAUGUGGCUGCCUUUAAAGUUGUCUUUUGAAUCCAAGUCAAACUGUCUCCAUGAUGUCUUGGAGACAGGAAUAUGCAAGCAAGUGUAAUUUCUCUCCUAGAAAAGUAUAUGACUGUUAAAUCUUUUCCCUGUCAGUGGUAUUCUUAAAGAGUGUCAUAAAAUACAAGCCCAACAGUGAAAACAUGAUCAAAUGUUAGCAAUACAUCCCAGUAUUGAUCAUCUUCUCUACUGUAUGUCCACAUUAUGAUCAGCAUGGCCAAGCCACUCUGGUCCCCAGGACAUACGAUGCUGUUACAGAUACAGAACUGUACACUGUGAUACCAGUGAGGCAGCUAGGAGUUGAAACACACUCCUUCAGGAACAACUGAAGCUUUAACUAUUGAGGCCUCUUGGGGUGUGUGUGCGUGUGUGUGUGUGUGUGUGUGUGUGUGUGUGUGUGUGUGUGUGUGUGUGUGUGUGUGUGUGUGUGUGUGUGUCGAUAAGACAGAGAAAUGGAUUCUCUGCAAAAGGGCUUUGUCGUACCAACCCUUUGAACUGAAGCUUGCCUUAUUUUAGGUUAUUUUUUAAACCAUAUUUAGACUGUUAGACCGUUCCAAAUUAACCUCUUGCAUGUGAAAAUGAUUAUAAUGAAUUCAAAAUACUUUCAACUGGAAUCAUUUGUUGCUCUUUUAGAGUUAGACAUGAGUCUCUAGUUUCAUUUUUGACAGUGGGUCCAGGUUCAGAAAAAUACAUUUGUUAUUGCAGAGGGCGACAAAAAAGGACAUGGAAGUGCAGUCUGAGUGGAUUUUUGGGAGGUGGAGAACAAUUCCUAUGUAUUAAUGAUGUUAUUAUUGUAUUAUUUUAAAUCUUUAACUAUAAAUAUUGUACAUAAUGUCUUUAAUUUCUGUAAUCCUGUACAUGUAAUGCAACCACCUUUCUUUUUGAAGGGAGUAAAUGUGUGGUACAUGUUUGUAAAUAAUGUUCGCAUAGCACUUGUUGCCUUUUGUUGUACGUCGAGGCUCAUUUCAGCGCUUAAAUACAUUGUUUAUAUGUAAUGAACUGAUGAAUCCAUUCUGGCCUGCAUAACUUUGUACAUUUGUUGUGUCUAUAAUGACACUGUCUCCAUUUCGUUUUGCAUUUGUACAGAUGUUAAAGUAUCACUGCAGUUACAUUACGGUAUGAAAAUAAAGCACUUGUUCUGU